AUGGUUAAGUUCAAGCUUCCGGACUCAUGCAGCGAUACUUCGCUGUCGCCGCAACGGGAGAAAAUCACCUUCCAGGGCCUCCCCAAAACACCAGCGCCGGCACCCCUCAGCUCAAUCACCUCGUGGGAGUCGGUCUUCGAGACCGACGACGAGGAUGACUCGGGCUACUACAGCCCUCCUGCGGGCGAGCUUUCUUUCCAUCGACGGGACAUCACGCCGCUCAAGAAAACCGAGUCGCUGCUCACGCUUGCCCUGAAACGCCAGCGCCAGCGCAAGGCCGCUCCUGCAAGGGAGUUCUCGUACAUCCAGAAAUUCGUCGAUGAACAGCACCAAGUUGACAUUCAACCGAGCGUCGAAUCGGCGAACUACAAUGACGAUGACAACGAGGUAGCCAGCACCGACGGCGGCGCAGCCUUCUACGCGGAACUCGUGGCACACGCAGGCCUCAAGCAGCAAUCCUUCGACCAAGCGCCGCUCCUUGUCCGCCUGGCUACCGACCUGGCGGUCGGCAUCAAGCGAUCAAUUGCUUUCAUCACCACCUGCUUCGGCCAAAAACAGCAGGAAAGUGAGCAAAGCCAGACGCAACAACAGCCACAGCCCCUUACGGGAGAACAAGAACCACUCUUGGGCGGUAAGCAGAAGCACCAGCAAGCCACCACCACAAUCACAAUCAGCUCCACCUCCACCUCCUUCUAUUCUUAUGUGCCCGCCAAGCCCAUUUCCAUUAUUGCAAGAGAAGACACUCACCAUCCCUACCAUCCCUUCCCCCGCACCAGCCGCAUCAGAAGCAUCAACUGCAACGAGGACGAGGACGAGGAGGACUAUCAUCGGCUGAUGCAGAAACAGCAGCACAAGCAGCACAACGAGAUGAUCCCGCCCAACACGGCCUGGGUGAACGACCAAUGCCAGAUCGCCCGCGCCGGUCCGCUCGGGCUUGCCGGCGAGGAUGAGGACGAGAUGAGUGCCUAUCUCGCGCGGGAUGCCGAUUGGGUGUGCUGUGAGUGCAGUGGUGUGAACAGUCGCUGGGAAUUCCUGUGCUCGUACUGUGGCGCGCACUCGAAGAAGGCGGGUUGCUGCCAGGCGGCGGUCAAGGAGGUUGAUGGGCGGCUGGGGUUCUGA